AUGUCGACGCAGAGCAAUACCGGGCCCGAGUUGCUCAUCGAGCCGGAGCUCACAAGAGAAACUAGCCGUGCUGAGCCCGCCACCAGCGCAACUCCCAAGAAGAGAAUCCCAGUUGCGUCGCCUGCCACGCCUGCGACCUACGUUUUGAAGCCCCCUAGCACCGAGAUGCACCCCAGCAAAUAUCACCCGACUACAGCAGAGCCCUCAUCCGCCCUCAGGCUGGGUUUCACAGAUAUCACCGCUGCUAGGAAGCGCGACAGCUCUCAUGGAGCUGGACUUCAAUCUACCCCCACCAAGGUUAGCGGUGUGCCAUCUUCCGCAUUCACUCUCCGCGUGCCCCAUGGGGGUGAUUAUCUGGGACUAGGGCCCGAAGCCCUACGCGUCUUGGAGGGCCUCAAAGAGAAGGCUGCCGAGUACAAGGCCGAUAUCGUUGCUCAAAGGGCAAACGGGUCGACAUCUGCAUCAACCGACGCCAAGGGCCGCACCAUUGCUACGCCCAAAGGCAAGUCUGGAAGGUUUAGCGCGGCCCAUAUGGCUGAGUUCAAGAAAAUGGACUCAAUUGAGGGACAUGCGUCUGCUUGGAGAGCACAAAAUGGAAGGUUCCAGCCCGUUGUCAACCCAGGCGUGAAACGAUCGCUUUCCAAGGCCAACCUCGACACUGCGCAGAAUAGCUUGAAGCGGACUCCUUCGAAACUGGAAGCGGGACCACAGUCUUCCGCCACAAAGAAGCUUGCAUCAGCAACGAAAAGUGUCAGCCGGCUCCCUCCCAAGAAGUUGGAUUUCAAGGCUCGCGCUAGCGAAGAACAAAGCUCUGCAAAGGACGAGCAGCAUUCGCUUCCCUCCAAGAGGUUCAAGAAGAAUGCGGAAGACGAUGCGUCGACAACCCGACCGGCGUUGCAAGAAAGCACUUCAGUUCCUCGCCCAGCAUCUAGCGUCAAGAGGCCUGCUACAUCCAGAAUCGCCCGACCCAGUCUCUCUCGCCUGAUGAGCCCAACCAAAUCAUCGCUGGCGAAUGUGGUCAGCCCCAGAAAAUCUGAGAUGCCUGCUGCUGCAUCGUCACCAAAGCCAACAUUCAAGAGCCGAUUGGAGGCACUCAAGGAAUCAAGGGGACUCAAGCAGUCAACUGAAUAUAAGGAGUCAACUGAAUCUAAGGAGUUUAAGGGGCUUAAGGAAAUGGAGAAGCCCAAGGAAUUGAAGACCGUCGACGAAAUCAAGCCUCUCAAAGAGACAAAAAUAACCGACGACACUAUCGCGAGUCAGCUUGACACGCCUCUGAGGCGAUCGGUGAUGAAAUCAGUAUUUGGAAGCAGCCUAUUUACGCCUAGAAGGCAGAGUGCAAUUCCGCAGCCGGUCGUCACACCACCUCGGUUCUCCAACUUGAAUGUCCAUCGUCUUGCUGCCACUCAACCCCUGAAGAAGGUGGUGAAGCAUGUGACGUUCACACCAGAAGUUACACGAACCAUUUUUGACCCGGAUUCUUUGACGCUUUACAAGACAAGUGCUAUUAAGAAGAUCUUAACGCGUUCCGAGGCGAAGGAAGCCUUGGCAGAAAAAGAUUCGGGGAGUAUUGCUUAUCCCGAUUUGUCCGCCUACAAGGAUCUCCUGGACGCGGAACCUGAGAGCGCAAAGUCUCCUACUCCCACUCCUUCAGUUCCUGGUAAAUUCACCUUCCGAAGCGACCAUACAAUCAAAUUUGGGCAUCCGUCACCUAUUGGCUUUGGCGCCUCUCCUGGCCAGUCGAGCGUACGCCAAGUGCGUACUUCUAUGAAGCCCACAUCGGAUAUGCCUGGCAGCUUCCCUGACCCUGUCUCGCCGAGCUCUCAUCCGGAUAAAGAGAAUGCGGCGCCCUCUUCACCAAAGGUGCUUUUAGGCGUUCCACAUGGGAUGUCUAACAAGAAACGCCAUCGUGCCGGCUCGGUCGACGAAGACACUGAUAAAGAGGCGGCCGAUCGUGCUGGAAAGAAGGCCAAGAGUAGCCAUGUUCCGGAGGGCCAGGCUUUGUUGGCUCCUCGCUUGGCUUCGACUCCUUCUAUUAGUGCGAAGAAGCCUACGAUGACUCGCAGCGUCGGCAAGACUCCCGUCCGUCCCAUUCACCGAGCCAUUAGCUCGGUAUCGCCCUCCAGGAAACGACCAACAUUGAGUAUGAGUCGCCUCAACAUGCUCGCCCAGCCUAAAAAUCGUGGUUAGGUAGCCACACGGGCGCAACGGAGAAGUAUGGGAAGAUAUUCUCUUGGUCCUAAGCUUCACCGAUUGCGGAGAGAUUCUGACGGGAACGGAUCAUAACUCGUCAGACUGGUUGGGAGGGCCGUUUUAUCAGGGUGGCUAUUUUGUUAUUAUACUGGUUCGGCGUUGGAAACUACACCCAAUUGGUGUUUUUGCUAUGAUGAAGGAAACGUCCCAAUGCAUGAUGGAACCCAGAGCUAUGGAUUCCUUGGUGUUUUAAGUAAGAGUGUUUUUUUUUUUCUACCUCAGGCCUGUAUUUGGCUGGACAUGGUUGGUUUCGAGGACCACAUUGCUUUCUUUCUUUCUUUCUUUUUCUUGUCUUAUGUUUGGCUCGGCGCUGGAAGGGAAAGUGAGAAUUAUAGGAGGAACAUUGGCUUGUAUUUCUGUGUUUGAGAUAGGGCGACGCAUGGUCGGCUUGUGUAUGAGUAUUACUGCAGGAAUUGCUGCGAAUGCCCAAUUAACGUUCUUUGUAUGUUAGAGAAGGCUUAGUACUUUCUGAAUUCUAUCUUUGUGAUUGUCAA